GCCUACAAUAUCAUAGAUAUUUAAAGAAUUAUCGUAUUAUCAUCUUUCCGGUGGGAAGAAAACGUUCCCAUUCUUGUUCCCACCAAUCACCAUUCAACUGUUUUCUGUGCACUCUUUUUUUGCGCACUUACUAUUAUUAUUAUUUCCCAAUUGUUUCAGAUGCGUGAUUCUGACUCUGUUGAGGAUUUUGUGGGUCCCUCUUCACAAAAGUCAAAACCUGCCACACCUUCCUCUAAAAGGAAGGCAGCUGUCCCUACUAGCAGUAAAGGCGAAGGGUCAAAGAAGAAGAAGGGAGAUGACGAUGCAAAAAAGGAGUUGCCCAGUACUAAGUUUCUCAAAUUAGAUUCGGAUGACGAGGAGGAGGAAGAAGAAGACUUGUCAUCGAAACGAGACUGGAUGAUGGUGGAGAGGAAAGCGGAUGGAACACGAUUCUCACCAGGUCAACCCACCAGCCCCCUCGAACGAGGAUAUGCCAAUCGGGCGAUUCAGUUGCGAGAGGACAGACCUGUGCCUGUGUGGUGGAAAAUCACCCAAUCGCUGGACACAAGAGGAUGUCGGAUAAGUCUGAUGAUGAAGGAGAUAGCAAAUUACGGCAUUUUUAUUGCCAAUUGGCUCGAGAAGGGGAUGAUGAGGUUAUGGGAUCACAAGAGUCGACAACUUCAGAGUUAACCCCACUCACCCCGGAAGUCGUUACGGGAAAUUACCCACCUCUCACUGCUGCCGAAAGAGGAAUAGCUGAAGCCAAAAUAAUACAAGCUGGUGAAGAAGGGUUGAGGAUUCCAGGAUUAAAGUCUAAGGUGGUGUACUCACCACCAAAUCAGAACCGGACGUAUGGAUUAUUCUCACUAGUGUCCCUUGCUGGCUCUGGUGGCAGAUUUAUAUGCGCAGUAAUUAGUAACUGUGUGAGGAUUAAGUCCACUACUAUGGAGCCCAUCCCGAAAUGUGAACUACACAAAGGAGAACAAGUCGGUUUCGUUCUAUGCCAAUUUACAGAUGACGCCAAUAAGAAGAAUGACGUCAUCCUCCAUGCGAUUGCCUCUUUUACAUAUAUUUAUGGGGAUGAAAAGGGGAAAAAUAACAACGCCACCAGGGCAAUCAUGUCUCAAAAUCUAAACAAAACACAUUCAGGGUGGACAAUUUACUCUGAAGAGCGAAAGUCGGCCAAGAAACCGACCCCAGUACUUAAAGAGCUCGAGACGCGUCGCCGCUAUUAUGAUGAAGAUGACGAGUAUGGGCUGAUGAAAGUAUACGCAGCAAGACAGACCACCACCCUGUUUAAAAUGCUCUUGUGGCCUGAUACGACCAUCAAAAUAAUCUGUCUCAACACCAUGAUUAACUUUCCCAAUGGGGCAUACAAGGAAUUGGUAGAAGAGAUGGACAUUUGUGGAUUAGAGUUGAAGAUUCAUGACAAAUUGUCAUCAUCAGCAGCAGCGGCGUUGAAUUUGGAACCUGCACAAGAGAUUCCUUUCCUCCUCAGAGCAGAACAGGGUGAGAGUAUUGAAGAAUUGUUGACCAGAGGAAGACAGGAGAAGAAAGGGGAGAAAGUGGCUGCGUUAUAUUUUGUAUCCAAUACUUAUGUGAUUUAUGCUGGCCAAGCACUCUCGGGUAAGGUGCAUAUGAAACAAAGCCCUUCCGACCCCGUAAUUGACUAUAAAAAUAACAAGCCCCCCUCUCAUCCUGACUACAAAAAUGUCCCCAUUGGACUUGUUCGUGAAGGAGAACGAUACCGAUGGGAAUUUCAUUUGCACAUGUGUGCCCUGAUAGCGUCCCUUUUACAAUUGAAAAAUAGCAUCACCUCAAAAGAUUUCAAGCCUCUAGGUGUGGGCCACCCUAUCUGUAUUAAUAGGCAGGCCAAUUCAAACUAUGUAGAUAAGAAUUCAUGGGGCAUUAUUAAUGGUUAUUUGAUGAAAAAGUUUUCAGUCGCUGUGUAUUUAGGACCAAAACAAAUAAUUGAUUAGGAUUUGAAAUAUGCUGUAACAGGAUGUUUUAAUGAAUGGAUUUUUGUCUAUGAUUACGUGAAGUGUGAAUAAAUGAUUUAAGUAUUAAUAAAUUACAGAUUAAUUGUAGAUGGAA